GCGGGGCGGAACUGGCGGCCGGAGAGGCUGAUUGGCGGGAGGAGCCGUUACAGGAGCUGGAGUCCGAGUCGGCGCCGGUCCGCGUCCGCCGCCAUGACAACCUCCCAGAAGCACCGGGACUUUGUGGCAGAGCCCAUGGGCGAGAAGCCGGUGGGGACCCUGGCCGGGAUUGGCGAGGUGCUGGGCAAGAAGUUGGAGGACAAGGGUUUCGAUAAGGCCUACGUGGUGCUCGGCCAGUUCCUGGUGCUGAAGAAGGACGAAGACCUGUUCCGGGAGUGGCUCAAGGACACCUGCGGGGCCAACGCCAAGCAGUCCCGCGACUGUUUCGGCUGCCUGCGCGAGUGGUGCGACGCCUUCUUGUGAGCGAGAGGCCGGGGCGGGGGUGGCCGUCGCCCCCGCCACCCCCCCGGAGUCGGGCCUCGGCCGCCAGCGCCCCAGUGGGAACCCCCGUCUCCCUCUCCCCCUGGCAGGGAGAAAUUUCCGCUGUCGCAUCUCCUCGGACAUCCCCCCCGUUGGCAGGAGGUUGCGCGGCCCCGGUCCCUUCGGCCGUUUGGCCUCCUGCCUCCCUGCCCGUCCCGCUCCCCUCACCCCCCCCCCCCAAAGCUUGCCACCCCCGGGGCCGCGGGAGCGCCGGCGACCCGCUCCCGUGGCCGUCCCGUCUCCCCGGCCUGUUUUAUGCCGUCCGGCCUGCCUUUCCGUCGGCGCGCUCGACGCUGCGGUUGUAAAGGUUUUUUUAAAAUCAAUAAAGUCUGUCACCUCGA